UCCUGUAUAAUAUCCACCCAAUCACGAGAAGCAACGUUGUCAUCUUCCUUUUCAUUCUCUGUUUCUUUUCGUUCUCUCUGAAAAUGGAGUCCUGUUAUGAGUUCGCAUCGCUCUCUGAGUUACCGCCGCUUCCACAAGCGUACGCUCCCAUGGAGGAGUAUUAUCCUUACGACAUUGCUCCUCUCGAAUCCUUACCACCGUUUCCUCACUCCGAUUUCGCUCCUCACGGCGGCUUGAUCCCUUUCUCCGACACGCACCAAGACUAUCUCCAGCUCCAGAAACAACAACACUGUGCAGAAUCAAUGUUCACAGACUCGUCUCUGCCGCUCGUCACUCGCGACUACCUCACCGAGUCGACUCGGUUCGAAAACCUCUUCUCCCAUGACGUUCCGUUUCUCCACUUGCCAGAUCUCAAAUUCGUGGAAGGCGCGAGGUCGCCGCCGCCGUGUCUCUCUCUCGCUCCUCCUCCUCCUCUCCCGGUGGCUAGACACAACGUUAACCUGAGACAGCGUCACGUUGGCUCGCGAGUCAACAACACCUUCUCUAUCUCGCCGUCUUCCUCUUCUAAAUCUAAACCUCCGGCGUCUCAGUAUGUUCACGGUACAAGGAAGGUGUCAGACAGAAUCAGAUCCUUGGAGAAAAUCAUGCCGUGGGAGAAGAAGAUGAGUUUGGCUACGACUCUCGAGGAAACGAACAAGUACAUCACCUUCCUCCAGUCUCAGAUCGCUUCUCUCCGUUGGAUGCCUCUGGAUUCCGUCUACCCAAAAAAAAAAAAAAAAAAGUUUUAUCGGCGUCAGCCGCAGAACGCGGCGUUCGGACGCGGCGUCAGACGCAGCUUCCUGCGUCAACGAAACGAACAAGAGUUGACGCAAAAUGUUGACGUUGCCGCUGCUGCCGGUACCUGCGGCAACCAAACGAACAGCCCUUUAAAGAAAUUCCCUCGAGAUGAUUUGGCAGUGCUCGAUGUAGACCACUGUUCAGUAGAUAGAGAUAUACACCAUAACAGUGGUUAA